AUGUUCAAGGUGCAGCUUUCGACAGUAACUGCUAGCAUUGGCCUCGCGGCCUUUGCCACCCUCUUGCUCUCACCACCCGCUAGUGCGGACACCAUCACCAUCCCUACCUCUUCAUUCGACAGUACCUCCAGUCUCGAGCAGUACUGGAACUACAACUACCCGUGGGGCGACACACACAACGGAGCUGCCCGCAUGUCCAGCGAUCAUGUCAGCGCCUCGGGCGGCGUGCUCACCUUGACCGCAGUCCCAGCGAGCGACUCUGAUUCGGACAUCCAUUACCACUCGGGUACGAUCUACGCGAAGGAGCAGGUCAACGUCGACGGGACGGACGCCGUGGGGUACCAGGUCGAGGGCGAGUUCAUCGCGCCGACGACCAAGGGCACCUGGCCCGCGUUCUGGCUGAACGCAGCGAGCGGCUGGCCGCCGGAGUCUGACAUCGCCGAGUGGAAGGGCGAGCGCACUGACCAGAUUUGGUUCAAUACGUUCAACACGUCUAGCCAGGUGGCGAGCAAGGUGGUUACCUGGCCGGACGAUGGGAACUACCACGCCGUCAAGGGUGUCUUGCGCACCAUCCCAGGGAAUUCGGCCGAUCUCAGUAUUGAGUAUUACUUGGACGGCACGCUCCAGGCUACGCACACUGCGGCGGGCUACGUCGGCAAGGCGCUGAAUCUGAUCAUCGACUUGCAGAUGGAAGGAAGCUCAGGUUCUCCUGGACCCACCGGCACCACGACGUUCAAGAUUCGCAACGUCCAGAUGACCAAGUUGACGUCCUAA